GGCAGCAGCAGCAGCGGCGGCAGCAGAAGCACACAACCGUGCAGUCCUCCAUGGGAUCCCCGAGGCGGGUUGACAAGACGUGAUGACGUUACCGGGGGAAGCGGCUCUCCUGCGUGCUGACAGCUGAUGGAGAGGAGUCUCUGCUCCUCCUCUCUCACACACGGUCAGGAUCGCGAGAGGGAGGACACGGAGUCUAGAAAUGACAUGCUGAACUGGACAGAAACUACACUCACAUCAACUGGAAGCACUGGGAUGCGUUGAAAGGACUGGAUGCAAUGCCCGUUUGAAACAGGCGAGGGAAACAAGUACUAUGCACCGUUGUCGCUGUCUCACAUCCGACACCGAACCAGGAACAUCAGUGGAGAAGAGGCGCUCAUAACAGUACUGACCCCUCCGAAGACUCCCGGACCUCCCGCCUGGUACUGUUUUUAUCUACGGGGGGUACAGAGAGUUGCAGAAAUGUUCGCUGCCGUGGAGCAUGGCCCGGUCCUCUGUAGCGACUCCAACAUCCUGUGCCUGUCGUGGAAGGGCCGGGUGCCCAAGAGUGAGAAGGAGAAGCCGGUGUGCAGGAAGCGCUACUACGAGGAGGGCUGGCUUGCUACCGGGAACGGCCGAGGAGUUGUCGGAGUCACGUUCACAUCAAGCCACUGUAGACGGGACCGGCCCACUCCGCAGAGAGUAAACUUCAACCUCAGAGGACACAACAGUGAGGUGGUGUUGGUGCGGUGGAAUGAGCCCUUCCAGAAACUGGCCACCUGUGAUACAGAUGGAGGGAUCUUUGUUUGGAUCCAGUACGAAGGCCGCUGGUCCGUGGAGCUGGUCAAUGACCGUGGAGCUCAGGUGAGUGACUUCACCUGGUCCCACGAUGGCACCCAGGCUCUCAUCUCCUACCGUGAUGGCUUUGUCCUGGUUGGAUCAGUCAGUGGGCAGAGACACUGGUCUUCCGAGAUCAACCUGGAAAGCCAGAUUACCUGUGGUAUCUGGACCCCUGAUGACCAGCAGGUGUUGUUUGGUACUGCAGACGGACAGGUGAUAGUGAUGGACUGCCAUGGGCGCAUGCUGGCCCACAUACUGCUUCAUGAGUCGGAUGGCAUCGUAAGCAUGUCCUGGAACUACCCCAGUUUCCUGGUGGAAGACAGCAGUGAGAGCGACACAGACUCUGACGACUUCUCCCCACCACAAGUGCACAGCCAGAAGCCACUGCUGACAGUCAGCUUCACCUCUGGUGACAUCAGCCUGAUGAACAACUACGAUGACCUCUCUCCCACCCUUAUCCGCACCGGUCUGAAAGAUGUGGUGGUCCAGUGGUGCUCACAGGGGGAUCUCCUUGCAGUGGCAGGGAUGGAGAGGACACUCCACUCCACUGACCCAUCCUGUCCUCCCCCCACCAGGAACGCCAUUGUCAAGUUCUACAACGUUCAGGGGGAACACAUCUACACACUGGACACACCAGCACAGCGCCCGAUCACUACCCUGUGCUGGGGUCACCGGGACUCUCGUCUGUUCCUUGCGUGUGGCCCAGCGCUUUACGUUGUGCGAGUGGAGCACCGUGUUGCCAGCCUGCAACUACUCUGCCAGCAGGGCAUUGCCACAGCAGUGAAGGAGGAAAAAGAUGUUGCCAAGCUCACCAUGCCUUCCCGCCUCUGUUCUUAUGUCACUGCUGCUUUCAUCCCCACCAUCAAGCCCCCAAUCCCAGACCCCAACAACAUGCGUGAUUUUGUGAGCUACCCAACAGCUGGGAAUGAGCGUCUGCACUGUACCAUGAAACGUACGGAGGAUAACCCUGAGGUGGGGGGCCCCUGCUACACUCUGUACCUGGAGUACCUAGGGGGACUGGUGCCUAUCCUCAAGGGCAGACGAAUAAGUAAACUGCGUCCGGAGUUUGUCAUUAUGGACCCCAAGACAGAUGGGAAAACAGAUGAAAUAUACGGCAACAGCCUGAUAUCUGCCAUGAUCGACAGCUGCAACUGCUCAGACUCCAGUGACAUUGAGCUGAGUGAUGACUGGGUUGGCAAGAAAUCUCCAAAGAUAUCCAGAGGCAGCAAAUCCCCCAAAUUGCCCAGAGACUUAGUUUGUCCCUUUACCAACAGGAUCAACAUUGAUCCCAGAAAAUCGCCCAAACUGUCCCGUGCUACACAGGAGAUCUCCAGGUCACCGCGGUUGCCCAUACGGAAACCCUCGAUUGGUUCACCCAGUCUAACACGGAGGGAAUUUCCUCUAGAUGACAUCACUCAGCAAAAUUACCUUGCUCAGGUCACAUCCAAUAUUUGGGGAACAAAGUUCAAGAUAGUGGGGCUGGCCGCUUUCUUACCGACCAAUCUGGGUGCAGUCAUCUAUAAGACAAGCCUCCUCCAUCUGCAGCCCAGACAGAUGACCAUCUACCUGCCCGAGGUGCGUAAGAUCUCCAUGGACUACAUAAAUCUGCCUGUCUUCAGCCCAAACGUUUUCAGUGAGGAUGAAGAUGACCUGCCUGUCACAGGCCCUGCUGGUGGCGCCGAUGACAACCCUCCCUGCACUGUCAAUAUCCCUAUUGCCCCCAUCCAUAGUCCCGCCCAGGCUAUGUCCCCCGCACAGAGCAUUGGUCUGGUCCAGUCACUCCUAGCCAAUCAAAAUGUUCAGCUGGAUGUCCUAACGAAUCCCACCGCGACCCCUGCUGGAGCAGCUGCCAGUGGGUCUGACCAAAGUCAGGACACCAUCCUGACAGCCCAGUACACAGUUCCCACCAGGUAUUCUAGUCCUGGUCAGGUCAUCUUUGGGGGACUGGAAAUGGGGCGCCUUAUGGUUGGACCGCCGCCUUCUCAUCAUCCGUCGCAACAACAACCAAAUCACCAUCAACAGCAGCAGCACCAACAACAACUACAACACCAACAACAGCUUCAGCAGCAACAGCAACUCCAACAGCAGCAGCAGAUGCUCCAACACCAACACUUACAACAGCAGCAGCUUCAGCAACAGCACAUUCAGCAGCAGCUUCAACACAUGCAGCAGCAACAGCAACAGCAACUCCAGCAGCACAUACAGCAACAGCAACAACUGCAACAGCAGCAUCAACAAAUUCAGCAGCAACUGCAGCAACAGCAACAAAUGCAUCAUCAACAGCAAUCGCAGCAGCAGCAUCAGAUGCAACAACAGCAGCAUCACCAUCAACUUCAGCAUCAGCUUCAGAUUCAAAUCCCGGUUCCUUCUAUGUCAUCAGGACAGCCUUCAGGUGCAGCUAUGCACCAGCUCCAGCCAGGGACACUGCAGAUCCAGAUCCCUCAUCCACCCGCUGAUUUAGUGGUUGAGAGAGCAGUGGGGGGUGAACACGAGCACUUACUGAAAAUCAGAAGCACUCGGUCAACUCCACAGCUGGCUGAGGGUGAUACAGUGGUGUUCAGUGCCCCUCUAGAGCUCAGCAAGAUGAACCCUCCACCCCCCUACCCCGGGACGGUGGCUGCUGCUGUGGCCGCUGCAGCAGCUGCUGCUGCCUCAGCAUCUGCCUCCACUGCAGCCUCCAAUGCUGCAUCUGGAACAGGAGGGGGCACCACUGGGACUCCUCCUCCUGGUGACCUUUGUCUGAAGAAGGGAGAGUUUCCACUUUUUCCUCCAGGUCAGCAACAAGCGCAGUACCCCACACCACUGGGUUAUGAGAGGAUAACAACAUUUGACAGCAGUGGGAAUGUGGAGGAAGUAUGCCGUCCUCGAACACGCCUUGUCUGCAAUCAGAAUGUGUACACACUCCAGGGACCUGGCAGUUCUGCCACUCUCAGGGUCACCUCUUCAUCCUCCUCCUCCUCAGCUGACAAGAAGAUCCAGCUGCCCUAUACCUCUGCCACUCUCAACAGACUCACUGCACCUCGCUAUUCCAUACCCAGCGGAGACCCACCCCCAUACCCUGACGCAGCCAACCAGAACAGUGCUGUUGGCAGGAACCCUGGACAGAGGCUUGACAGCAGUCUGAUCCAUGCCACUCUCAGAAGGAACAGCCGAGAGGCCGCUCUCAAAGUUUCCCAGAUGCUGGAACCGCCUAGACCACUGCCUCCCAAGGCCAAAAAUAGUGCACUAGCAGCCUCAUUCCAGCAGAGGGUGCCAACAGCCUUAUACACCUGCAGUCAGUGUAGCAGUGGAUCCAGUGUUGGAGGCACUGCCCCAGGGAGUACUAAUGGAAUAGCAGGAGGAACUAUUAUCAGACAAGAUUUCCCUCCAAGGAAUGGGGCUCCACACAGCACAGUUAUUGUUCACUCCAACAGCGUUACUCCUCUGCCGUCCCAGUCCUCUUACAACCUGCUGAGCUCUCUUGAAGGACCUGGGACUGCAGCAGGAGGAGGAAGUAACAGAGACAGGGCCGAUUAUGUUAAUUCAGCAUUUACUGAGGAUGAAACUUUGAAUCAGACACUGAGGCAUCUGGCACUAGGAGGAAAUGAUGCAACAGGGCUGGUUGUCAAACGCCCACCUCCCUAUCAGUGGGACCCAGCUGCCACAGAGGAGGUGUGGGUUCCUCAGGAACGGACAGCAACAUUAAACCCCAGUGGCCCCCCUGUACCCCACAAACCACCCCCACUUAUUCUUACCCCAGCUCAGCACUUGGAUGUGUCCCGGCUGCCUUUUGUCCUUUCUCCAAAAUCCCCCACCAGCCCCAGUGCUGCCUCAUUCCAAGCUGCCGCAGCAGCCGCUGGCUACCAAAUCUCUCUCCAGUACCCUCCAGCGACUGCCUAUUCUGGAGCCCAGCUCCAGCCCAUCCCUGGGUCACCACGCCCCUGCUCCUCCCCAAAGGAGGUGGUGGCGCCAGUACCCUUCUCACAGCAGGAUGCAACCCUUGUCUUACCGCCGGGUUACCCUGCAAACCUGGCAAACCUGGCCUGCUGCCCCCUCCCACCCAUGUAUCCAGGAGGAAGCGCUUGUUCUGGGCUUCCCAUUCCUCCCAUUGCCCUUCACACUCCUUGGGGUACCUACAACUCUUUCCCCCCUAUGCCCAGUCCUGCAGUGCCACUCCCACCCAAAGCCUCCCACAUGACAGUUGACAAAAAUGUUCUCUCUCCUCCUCCUCCUCCUCCUCCACCCCCCCCUCCGCCACCAACAACAGAACUGCAGAGCCAUGGAGGACUACAAGAGGCCAUGGCAGAGACUGGGGAAGGUUUCCAGGAGGUGCUCUCCUUGACUGAGAGCCCUGUGCCCCAACGGUCUGAGAAGUUCAGCAAGAAGAACCGCAAGCGGGCAGAUGGUCGAGCCGAUGAGGCUAAUGUGCCACCCCUGGCUGAAGGGAGCAAGUCGAAAAAAGAGGGCAGAGCUCUGGGUGAUUUCAACUCACUCAUCUCCAGUCCACGGCUGGGAGGAAGAGACAAGAAGAAGCUGAAGGGACAGAAAGAGCAGCAGUUGAAGGCUAAGAAGCUGAGUAAGGCCACUGCCAAUAGUGAGUUCCAAGACAGUUCAGAAAGUGAGCCAGAGCUGUUCAUCAGUGGGGAUGAGCUGCUCAAUCAGUGCCAGAGCGGUAAGAAGGGCUGGAAGAGUAAGAGGAACCUGAGGGCUGCCAGUGAACUGGAUGAGAUCAAAUGUCGAAAGGCCAAUGAGAAGGAGGACAGAGGGCUGGGCAGCCAGGGGUUUGUGUAUGUCAUGGCCAACAAGCAACCACUGUGGAAUGAAGCCACGCAGGUCUACCAGCUGGACUUUGGUGGGCGCGUCACACAGGAGUCUGCCAAGAACUUUCAAAUUGAACUGGAGGGCAGACAGGUGAUGCAGUUUGGCAGGAUCGAUGGCAAUGCCUACAUCCUGGACUUCCAGUAUCCCUUCUCUGCUGUUCAGGCCUUUGCGGUGGCUCUGGCCAAUGUCACUCAACGCCUCAAAUGAGAUGUCCCAUCCCUACUUACCCUGAGCUAUAUCUGGGAUUUGAAUGCAAUCUGUUUAAGGGGCACAGUUGUUUCAUUUGAAAUUAAUAAACUUUGAUUUCGAAGAGAAAAGUAAAAUCAGCCCUGGUCAUAGAAAGAGAUACAAUCAUGCUGCACUACACAAUGCUGCCACUAGAGUUGGUGCAAUAAGCAUUGGCUGCAUUUGCCGAGGAUGCCCUCAGAUCUGCUCCAUUUGGAUGUCAGUGGCACCUUGCAAUGCAUGUAGGGCCAAAGAGCUGAGCUUUGGUAAUCAUCAUGCAAAUAAAUGCUGCUUUAGCUAAAAGAAGCUUAUAGACGUGAUAACCGAUUGGUUAACUGUGAGAGGAAUUGUCAAGGUGCAGUUUUCAAAAGAGGCAGCAGUAAUACUUGAAAACCACACUCUGGAGAACAAAGAUGUUGUUUUUUUUUCCCAGAGCGCACAGGUACUACUGGGCACUGAAAUCCAUUGCUGUACAAAACUUCAGUCAAACAGUUACCACUUUAUUAUACUGCUUUUGCUUUUAGGAUGUUAUUAAAUGACACAACAUGGUGGAAGUUAGGAGGGAGUUUUUGUUUUUGCUCUCUGCCAUUCCUUUUGCUCACUCUAUCUUAGCUGGAAUUGAGGCUUAGAUAUAUGCAUCAUUUAGGAGCACUACUAAGCGUUCACACUUUUCACUGUUGUGAAAGAUGUGCCACUGUUAAAAACGUUGGAAGGCCAAGGAGUAAAUAUAUAUGAGGUGAACUGCAGUCCUUUCCGUAUGGUUUCCUGGGACUUUGAAGGAAGAAGAAAUGUUACUCUGCUACAUGGAUUAAUUUAUAUGUACAUUUUGUUGUUUAUCUAUUCAGAUAUGAAUUUUAACAUUAUUAUCAUUGUUUGUGACAUACAAUCUUCAUACCCUGUCAACAUGGAUUUCUGCUUACCUGCUUUAUUUGGGAGACUGGUGACUGAAUCUGAAUAUUGCUGUGUAGUCUGGAGUAUUGAGGUGGGAGCGGUGUACAGAAUAGCUUUGACUGACAUAUCCUGUACUUAGUGAAAUAUCUACAAAUGGUGACAUGGGCGCAAAAGAAGUCGCCAAGGCCUAGAUUGAACAACGUAACCUCUGGAAUGAAGUGAAGUGUCACCUGCUGUCACUUCUGUGAAGUGAGUAUGUAGUUGGGGGGCUGUCCCUGCUCUUAAAGACCACACUAAACAUGUAAGCAAGGUACAGGAAAUAUUUUUGUAUAUUUCACCUAUGCCAUUUCAUACUCUUUUCAGAAGUUAUGUAAAUACAUAUCAGUCGUGUAAAUGUUGUAAAGAGACUAGGGUGACUUUGACAGAUGUCUGUUUACACCUGUCUCCACUGUGUUUUAAGUGUAACUUCAGGUGUGGAGCGAAGCUGUAGUACUGUUUAACUCGACAGCUACAACCACAAGAAAAAGUUAACAGUUAAGCUGAAAUCACUGUCACUGAAUCUUUGAAGUCAGAACUCCAAUGAAGGAUGAAGCUAUUGAAAUGUGUUCAUUUACUAAGCUGACACUGAAAUCUGAAAAGCUGGUUAAUUUUUUAUUUUAUUUUAUUUUAUUUUAUUUUAUCUUUCUUUCAGGCAGUGAAAGUUGUGUUUGUGUUAAAUUUAAGGACACAGAGCAGGGCCAGCUGAUAGGAGUGUUGAGCAAGAGUAGGCACAUUGCAAAUAUCUGCAAUGGGUUUUAUUUUAUCUUACUUUCAUUUUCAUUUUAUUUGAUGGUAGCCAAAAUCACUAAAAAGGGCAGUAAUACUUAGGCUUAUUAACAUUAAGUCGAUGCGAUUAGGGUCACCUCAGACAUUUGUGCCAAACUGUGUGUUAGCUAAAAUUUAGAGUUGGAAUAAAAUGGGCCUAGAGGGAAGUGUAAACUUAGCUUUCUUUAUACCAGCUCUGCUUUGGUCUCUGAAUUUAUGAGAUUAUUAUAUACUUUAGUGGGAACUGUCCAUAUCACGAGAUGCAUGUCUGUCAGAGGAGGGUUGUAACGAUGGGAAUUGGGGGGAAAAAAGUCUCUACUGAUCCUAAAAAAUGAAAAGAACAUGAGCAUGCCAUAAAGAAAAUAUCCACCUUUUUGUGUUAUUUGUGCAAUAUUUUCUUCUGGAAAAAAAAAAAAAAAAAAAUUCUGUCAUCACUUUUGACCACAGUUUGAUACCGUUCUUUUAGUUCAGCAUCUCCAUUGCUGGUCUGUAUUUUUUAUUUAUGAGAUUAUUUCAUAAAGGAGAUAUAGUAACUAUACAUACUGUAUAUUGUGGAGUUUUCUAAACAUUUUUUUGUGUUGAUAAAAGUUUGUUACAAGUGUAGCCCAAAUUGUGAGAUUGGAAGGUGGGGUGGGACUGGGUUGGGAGGGGGCAAAGUUUCUGUGUUUUGUGAAGUUUGCAUUGGAUGGAAAAGAUGUGAAUGAGUAAGUGCCCAGUUUAGUGUAGCUGGUAGACUAGUUUUGUAGAGUGUAACUGUCAAGUCAAGGUGUGUUUGUAAUCAACUGUGCAGUUUACCAAUCCCAUCAGUGUUAAAUCUAUUAUCGUCAAAUGUGUGUGUGGUCAUGGCUUCUUACACAUACACACACAUCGUUCACAUAAGUUCACAAGUGUAAGCCACUGAGUUCAUGUUCAGAAUUCCCUAUGGACUUAGGUUAAGGAUUCACUUUAAACUGAUUUUAUGAGAUGACCUGUUGUAGAUAUUGUAGGAUUUGGCUUUUCUUUAGAAAAGAUAUGUGCUUUGUAUUUGUAGAUGUAGACUUAAAUGACAAAAACACUUGAAAAAAAAAAUCUGAGUCUGAUUUGGUGACUGAACGUUUAUAGUGAAUGGAUAGUUAGGCAUGCCAUGUAAAUUAUUUUAUAAUUGUAUAUGUCACGCAUCUUUUGAAUAAAAUGUCAUU